AUGUCUAACUGCAACUUAUCGACCUUCAGCCCGCCUAUUCUUGAGGAUGUUGUUAUCCUCUCAAUAUCUACGCAGCUAGUGACUAAUUAUAGUCGCCAGGUCACGCCUGUGUAUUAUCCCAACCACGACGGCUUGGACGUCAAAAACUCGAGCUUUUGCAAUGUUACCGUAUCGUACACCCCCUUCCAGCAAAGUGACGUUGUGGGCGUAGAAACAUGGCUACCGAUCGAGAAUUGGAAUGGGCGUCUCCAAGCUGCCGGAGGCAGUGGACUCGGCCCGGGCCGAUUCGACAUGAGCUACGGCAACAUGGCAGGGGCUGUCGGUGAAGGGUAUGCUACAGUCAGCACGGAUGCCGGCAUUGCCACCCCUUUGGAUCCAUACUCGUGGGUAUUGGAUAGUCCCGGCAAGAUCGACGAAGUUUUGGUCCGGCAUUGGGGUGGCGAUGUCUUGAAUGACAUGGCAGUUAUUGCGAAGAGUGCCAUUCAGGAUUUUUAUGGAAGACCACCAGAGUAUUCCUAUUUUAACGGCUGCUCUCAGGGUGGUCGCCAGGGCUUCGAUCUUGCCCAAAAUCACCCUACUGCAUACGAUGGAAUCGCAGCCUCUGCCCCCGCGAUUCACUGGGCUCAAUGGGCACCUGCUAUGUUCUGGCCACAGUUGUUAAUGAAUACUAUGAACGAAUAUCCCCAUGGCUGCGAGCUGGAUUUUCUUACAAUUCUGGCGGUGGAAGAAUGUGACGGCGACGACGGUAUAGUUGAUGGUAUCAUCUCAAAUCCCAGAAAGUGCUCAUUCGACCCGUUCGCACACGUCGGGAUCAACUUCACCUGCUUGGCUGAGGGUAAGUCCAUGGAACUGAGUAGAGCUGCAGCGGUCAUUGCGAAUGCUAGUUGGGCCGGUCCGGCCGAUUCUGAGGGGAACUUCAUCUGGUAUGGGCUAAACUACGGCACCGACCUCAGCGGCGAUUUGACGGGCAUGGGGAUUGCAGCAACAACCUGUAAUAAUAACACCUGUAAAGGCGAUCCAAUACCACUUGCGUACCAAUGGAUCCAACUGUUCGUCGAGAAGGACCCAGACUACGAUUACCUUGCUAUAACCCGAGGGCACUACGAUGAAAUAAUGCGUACCUCGGGAGCAGAAUACGAUUCUAUUGUCGCAAGCAGCAAUCCAAAUCUCACCGAUUUUUCUAGAGUCGGCGGGAAAAUGAUAACAUAUCAUGGGCUUUAUGACCAGGUCAUACCAAUACAAGCUACGGAGCAAUACUACGAAAAUAUCGGCAAAUUCGUCCCUGACGUUCAGGGGUUCUACCGGUUUUACGAAGUGCCCGGACUUCCACACUGCUUUGGAAAUGGACAGCCAACAGCUGUUUUCGAUGCCCUGCGGGGAUGGGUAGAGAACGGGACAGUGCCUGGCUCCUUGCCUAUUAUUCUAACAAACGCCCAUGGGGAAAAGAAUAACAGAAUCAUAUGCCCCUAUCCCGAGCGAGAUGUCUAUAAUGAGUGGUGUGGAAACCCGGCGGAUGUUGCCUGCUUCACUUGUGCCACUGAUUGA